AUGCGGCGCGGUCUUUUGAUCUUCCUCCUCAUCAACCUCCUCAUUCUUUCAUUCCUCGUGCGCAGCGUCUCGACCCUUCUAUCGCUACUAGUCGAAGAUGCCGCCGCCGACGCUAUACACCGCGCUGAACUGCCAUCACCCAAUUCGAGUCUGAUCGAAAAUCGCCCUCAGAUUAUCCCCAAGAUUAUCCACCAAACAUACAAGAACGAGACCAUUCCAGAGGUCUGGCAAGAGGCUCAACAGAGUUGCAUCGACUUACAUCCCGAUUACGAUUACAUUCUCUGGACAAACGAGAAGUCGCGCGAGUUUAUCGCCGCCGAAUAUCCUUGGUUCCUAGCCACCUUCGAUGGCUACAGCUACCCUAUCCAACGCGCAGAUUCAAUUCGGUACUUCGUGCUGGCGCACUAUGGUGGAACAUACAUUGAUCUGGACGAUGGCUGCAAUCGUCGUUUGGAUCCCCUUCUGGCUUAUCCCGCGUGGGUUCGCCGCACUGCGCCCACCGGCAUUUCGAACGAUGCAAUGGGUUCCGUACCACAACACCCAUUCUUCCUUCGAACGAUCGAGGUUCUGCAGCAGUACGAUCGCCACUGGCUCCUUCCUUACAUCACGGUCAUGUACUCGACGGGACCGCUGUUCUUGUCUGUCAUCUGGAAGGAGUAUAUGCGCGAUGGACCGAGCGAGGCAGGGCGCGUGCGCAUCCUCAUGCAGGACGAGUAUAACAAGUUCUCAUGGAGCUUCUUCACCCACCAUCGGGGUAACAGUUGGCAUGGCAAGGAUGCGCACUUGAUCUUCUGGAUGGGUCAACACUGGGUCUUCCUGACCAUCUGCGGCUUCCUUCUCGCUGGAGUCGUUGGAUUCUGCCUCUGGUGGAGCUACGGGCGCAUUAUGCUCCUGGGAGCCAAGUACCGUUACCGCUACACCAAAGUGCCAUCCAUCAACCCAUCCCGACUCUCGACGUCGCCAACACGACGUUCGCGACUGAGUGUCCCUACACUCCUGCGCCGCGUCAGCUUCAAAGAAGACGAAGAGCUCGGCGGGGUCACAGAGACUUCCUACGAACUCGGGCGGCGUGAUGACUAA